AUGGGGCUGGGGGCUAGGGUAGUGUCUCUUCUCUUACUCUGGGCUUUCCAGGAUGGUGACUGGGUUGAGACUAAGGUCCUGUCCUGGGCCACCCAGGGCCCUGCUCUGGAAUCACCAUCAUCCCCAGCCCCAGUGGUGACAGUGCAGUGUGAGGAUGACCGGCUGAGAGUGAGUGUGACCAGAGACUUCUUUGGAACUGGGAGGCUGGUGCAGGCUGCAGAGCUGACCCUGGGCCCUGCUGCCUGUGCCCCAAUGCCUUCAGACCCUCUGAGCAAGAGGAUCAUCUUUGAGGUGGCACUCCAUGAGUGUGGAAGUGAUGUCCAGAUGACCCCAGACUCGCUGAUCUACAGCACGGUGCUCCGUUACGUCCCAAGCCUCUCCCAGAGCCCACUGGUCCUCAGAAGCAGUCCUGUCUCUGUCCCCAUCCAGUGUCAGUACCCCAGGAGAGACAAUGUGAGCAGCAGAGCCAUUCGUCCCACCUGGGUCCCUUUCCAUUCCACCCUGUCCAGGGAGCAGCGGCUCAAGUUCUUCCUCCGCCUCAUGACAGAUGACUGGAGUACAGAAAGGAGCUCUUCAGCCUUCCAGCUCGGGGACCUGAUCUACAUCCAGGCUGACGUCUACACUGGCUACCAUGUGCCCCUGAGGCUCUAUGUGGAUAGCUGCACAGCCACCUUGACCCCAGACCCUACCUCUGUCCCCUACUAUGUCAUCAUUGAUUUCAAUGGGUGCCUGGUAGAUGGACGAUCACAAGACUCUUCCUCCAUCUUCAUCUUGCCCCGGCCCCAGCAGAACACACUGCGUUUCAUGGUAGACACCUUCAGGUUUGCUCAAGACUCUAGAAAUGAGAUCUAUAUUACCUGCCACCUGAAAGUCACAGCCACUGACCAAGCCCCCAGUGCCCUGAACAAAGCCUGUUCCUAUAACUUAACAGCUGAUGAAUGGGUCCCUGUGGAAGGCCCUGGUGACAUCUGCAGUUGCUGCAAGAUGGGAACCUGCACAUCUCUCUCAUCAUCAUCAUCAUCCAGGAAGCGGAGCCUAGCCGACCAAGAGCCAGGUAACCCUUCAGAAUUAGAGGAAGACCUGAUGCUGGGGCCUCUGGUCCUCUAUGAGGCUGAGAAUGGGCCAACAUCAGGGCAAGGGAACAACAUGAGAGGCAUCCCAGAAUGGCCAGAGCUGCUGCUGGGGUUUACAGCAGGGAUAGCUGCUACACUCUGCCUAGUGAUAUGCCUCAUCAUAGGCAGCCACAAAUAUAGGUCUCUUUGCUCCAGGAGGGGCUAG